UAAUGCAAUCACCAUACCCAUGUGCACCCCUCUUAUCUUCUAUAAAUCUCAUUCCUCACUCUUCACCCCACAACACAACAAACAAUAUCCAAACCCCACUUCACAUAAUUCCUCUCCUCAAAAUUCUCAUUCAAAAACAUACUAAAAUACCACAAAUACCCUUCUUCUUUCUUUCAAUCAAGUUUCAAUUUUUUUUUUCAAAAAUCUCAUCUUUCUUCCUUUCUAAUUAAUGGGUGUUUGUUAAUUCAUCAUUUCAUAUACGUUUUCACUCUGAAAUUUCAAUAAUAAAAUUUUCAAUUCUAAAGUUUUUUAUAUCAUGGAGCUUAUUUCGGGUCUACCCGAAGAUGUGGCCCGAGACUGUUUACUUCGGGUUUCAUACCAACAGUUUCCAGCUGUGGCAGCGGUUUGUAAAGGGUGGAAGACGGAGAUACAUACGCCGGAGUUUCACCGUCAACGGCGGAGAACAGGACAAGCUCAGAAAGUUCUAGUUAUGGUUCAAGCAAAAGUUGAACCGGAGAAAACAGAAACCGGUUCGACAAAAAGAUUAACAAACCCGGUUUAUAAGCUCAGUGUUUUUGAACCGGAAACGGGUUUUUGGAGUGAAUUACCGGCUCCACCCGGUUAUGGUUCAGGGUUACCGGUGAUGUGUCAGUUAGCAUGUGUUGGUUAUGAUCUUGUUGUAUUGGGUGGGUUGGAUACAUAUACAUGGAAAGCAUCAAAUUCAGUGUUUGUUUAUAAUUUCUUGUCGGCCAAAUGGCGCAGUGGGACCCACAUGCCUGGUGGACCUCGCACAUUUUUCGCUUGUUCAUCGGAUAACUACCGGACAAUUUUUGUAGCCGGUGGUCAUGACGAUGAGAAAAAUGCGCUGAGGUCUGCGUUGGCAUAUGAUGUGGUGGAAGAUAAAUGGGUUGAAUUGCCAAAUAUGUCGUCGGAGCGUGACGAGUGUAAGGCGGUGUUCCGCCGUGGGAGGUUUAUUGUAGUCGGUGGUUACACGACGGAGAAUCAAGGAAGGUUUGAGAGAAGUGCGGAAGCUUUUGAUUUUAUGACGUGGAAGUGGGGUCAUGUUGAGGAAGAGUUUUUGGAUUGUGCCACGUGUCCUAUGACAUUGGUGGACGGUGGUGAUGAUGAUGAGAGUGUUUAUAUGUGUUACGGCGGAGAUUUAGUUGCGAUGCGGGGUCACACGUGGCAGAGGAUGGGUAAGGUUCCUGAUGAGAUACGCAACGUGGCGUAUGUCGGAGCGUUUGAUGGAGUUGUGGUUGUGAUUGGUUCAAGUGGCUAUGGUGAAGUGCAUAUGGGUUAUGUUUUUGAUGUGAAAAAGAGUAAUAAUAAUUGGAGGAAAUUGGAUUGUCCAGAUGGGUUUAAGGGACAUGUUCAAACCGGUUGUGUUUUAGAAAUUUAGGGAUAUGGUUUUUUCUAAUUUUUUUUUGAAUAUAUACUAUACUAUAAAUAUGAUAUUUUGGAAUUUUAUUAGUGGAAGUUCAAGUGGAACUAUGUUUUUCUAUUCCAAAGGCCAAAACUCUAUGGUUUAUGGAUAGCUUGAUCCAAGCACAUAGGCAUCAAGAACUUUCAAGCAAUGUUUUUUAAGACUGAAUUUUAGACGAUUUAAUCGGUUAAAUUGUGAA